CAACUAUUUAUGUGUCACGUUGGCAAUCUGUCUGCUGCAGGUGUGCUGGUUUUCAUUGAAUAACAUGGCAGACAUAAUCAGUCGUUUAUUUCUGUUAGUGCUUUCGCAACAUUGUUAUGAUGAAUUCUUCAUUAAUUUUAACUUCUUUGAUGGACCAUGUUUGACAGCAACAUUAAGCAAAGUUUUAGGACUGGGUAUUGUGGCUGGCUCUAUAAUGGUUAAAGUGCCCCAGAUCACCAAAAUACUUGGGAACAAAACCGCAGAAGGCAUCAAUAUUCUCAGCGUAGUCCUUGAUCUCUUCGCCAUCACUUCUAAUAUGGCGUACAAUGUCAUAAAAGGUUUUCCUUUUAGUGCCUGGGGUGAGGGCUUCUUCCUGGCUUCACAAACAGCGGUCAUUGGUGCCCUUGUUCUCUUCUUCGGACGUUCACUGAAAGAAGCCUUGCUGUUCACCAUUUCCUACUUGGCAGUCUGCGUUAUCCUCAUGGGAGGUUAUACGUCUGUCAGCGUCCUGUGGUCACUGCAGGCCGUGAAUGUCCCCGUAAUUGUUGUUAGUAAGUUGAUUCAAGCAUUCACGAACUACAAGAAUCAGAGUACGGGCCAACUCUCGGCCGUCACAUGUUUCAUGCUGUUCUUUGGUGCACUGACUCGUAUCUUCACGACGAUACAGGAGACUGGCGAUGGAAUUCUCCUGUUUACCUUCGUCUGUACAUCGGCACUGAAUGGCCUCAUCGCCGGGCAGAUCUUGUGGUACUGGAACUCUGACAAACUCAAGAAGAAGGAAUAGAUCAGAACACUGAUUGAAAACAACGAAUUUUGUUGUCAGGUGGUUUCAAGAGACAGGCCUUUACAUUUGUCACGAAUUCCUAUUGGCAUGCCUUCAUGUGUAUCCAGUAUGUAUUUGUUUAAAUAUAUUUCUUAGAAGAUUCUAGAUUUAUAUUAAUUUCUGUGUGCACUGCCAAUAUGAACUUUAAGGAGGGGAGUCAUUCAGCCAUUAAAUUCUAUUGCCAAUAUGUCAGAAUUAUAAGCACAGUUUACUACUACAUUCCAUUUGUACUCUAAUUGUUUCUAAAGUGUGUACAUAACAUGUGUGCAAUAGUAAAUGUUGAUAUUCGUUAUA